AUGGCCUCGCACAAUGGAAACAGGGUCCUGUCAGGCCCACCAGUGAGCGCGCGAGGUGCCUCUGGGUUGACGAGACUCUUCGCUUUCGCUCAGCCCUUCUUUGCGACGCCAACACCGCUUAUUGGCGUGCAGCGACUAGUUUCCUCGAUAGUCUGUCUUGUCACUCUCUUCGAGGAGCUGUCAAACGGACCAGUCAGCCCGUCAAUGCCGACAUAUGUACGCUACAACACCAACAACAUCAUCAUCAUCAUUAUCAUUAUCAUAGUACCAGGCCGUGCGAAUGGACCGCCGGUCGGUGGCAUCAUGGCCAACAACAAUACCCCGUCUUUCCUCCCCACCGUUGCAUAG